CAGACUGAGCCACUGCCUGCUUUAGACAUCGUUCACACCCUUCUCCUGGCCGAGGAAAGCUACAGCCUACCAAGAUGUGCAAAGGACUAGCAGCGCUGCCCCACACAUGCUUGGAGAGGGCCAAGGAGAUCAAGACCAAGCUGGGCACAUUGCUCCAGAAACCUGACUCAGCCAUUGACUUCAUUAUCCCCUAUCCAGAGAAGCCGGAAAAGCCUUCCAAGGCCCAGAAGCCAUCACUGGAGGAGGCUCUGCAGUGGCGUGAUUCCCUGGAGAAGCUCCUGCAAAACCCCUAUGGGCUCGCCAGCUUCCACAGCUUCCUGCGCUCUGAGUUCAGUGAGGAGAACAUUGAGUUCUGGAUGGCCUGCGAGGACUACAAGAAAACCAAGUCCCCCAUGAAGAUGGCGGAGAAGGCCAAAAAGAUCUAUGAGGAGUUCAUUCAGACUGAGGCACCCAAAGAGGUGAACAUCGACCACUUCACCAAGGCUGUGACCAUGAAGAACCUGGUGGAGCCAUCACCAAGCAGCUUUGACAUGGCCCAGAAGAGGAUUUUUGCCCUGAUGGAGAAAGACUCACUACCCAGAUUUGUGCGGUCGGAGUUCUAUCAAGAGUUAAUCAAGUAGCAAUGUGGCAGGGCUGUGCGAGGCGUUCCCUGCGGGCGGCCCCUCUGCUUCUAUCUAAACACCUGCCCCUUCUCCUCAGCCGCUUUACUUUCUUGAUACCACCCUAGAGGAGCACCCAGGAGCAUUGCUAAGCAUCCCCGCCUGUGCUUUGGACUGUCAGAUGUCCUGUUGUUUCCUCUCUUACAGUCUCUUUCCUCUCCCAUGAAAGACCAGUUAGCAGAAACCCCUCUGAUCCUCCCUGGGUUUGGGACCCAGAAGGGUGGGAGCAGCUCCAGCCCUGCAGUGACUGGGAGCUGGCAAGUUCCUAGCACUGUGGGUCUUGGCUUUAGUUGGAGGCUUAGAGGUUCCAGCUCUGCCUUCUCUAGGACAUCUUAGGACGUGACAAUUUUUCUUCCAGUUUUGCCAAAAUCAUUGGUCUAGCCCAGGCUUGCCCCCUUCUCCCAGCUUCCCAGGGUGUUGCUGUGGCUGCAUAGGGUACCCUGUGGGUGCUGCCCUCCCUGGCUAAGUCCUGUAGUCCUGGGGUGCAGGCUGGGGCAUGUCCAUCAAGGGACUGGUGUCACCUGGUCUUCAGAAAGCAGAUCAUCAGCAGGAACAGUGACAGCUGUAUGGCUGGGACAGCAGGGUGGCAGGGAUGGUGGAAUGGCAGGGCCAGCUGAGCCAGGAGCUGCAUGGCCAUGUGCUGCAGGGUGCACUGGGCUGGUAUGAGGGGUGGCAGAGUGAGCCUGCACCACCACUUCCCCUGUGACUCCUCCUGGAGUCAGCUGUGAGGCAGUCUCUUUGCUUCACACUAAAGACAGUAAAGAGGAGAAAAUGAGAUCUGUUUGCUCAAAACACCAGGACUGUUUAGCAACCCAGACUUCCUGCUCGCUCCAACCACUUGCACGAUGUACUGAGCUCAUAGCCUGCAGCCUGUGGCCCUGUCCCCAGUGCCUGCGUGCAGCCCUAUGCAGGACUGCAGCUUCAGGUGUUGCUGCAGUGAUUUCUUGCUCCUGUUGCUUCUCUCUGCAGUAGGCAUGCCGAAGCGAUACUUCUGCACAAACCCAAUUGAGGGGCAUCGAUUAGAGGAGGAAGGAAAAUCAUGUUGGGGCCGAAAAAGCUGCAAUUGCAACCGUUUAGAGCUGAUUAAAAAAACAACCCACCCCCCCUCCCCCACAAACACAAACACAAUACCAUUAUUGGAGAUAUGAAAAAUAAACCCCUGGCUUCUUGAACAGAUGGCAAAAUCUGCUGAGUUUGUGUAGCCUGCAUCUCUCUCUUCUGCCUCCUCCAAUCUGCCCAGGACAUGUGUUUCUAUAAGGCUGUCUCUUAAAAAGACCAGCUCUUUUGAAAUGAUUCAAAGCCAGCCCACUAUUCACCACCACAAGAAAUCACAUAUGAGGAUAGGGCAAGGGCAUAUCUGAAAGGCAGCUGGGGUCUCAUCUCAGCUUCGAGGCGAAUGUGAUGAACCCCUGGGCUCUGGGACAUUUCAUCCCCAUGAUGGUUUCCUGGUGAAGCAUCCACAAGGCCAUGGCUUGAAAUGAGCUGCUUCAGCUGGCAACCUGACAAACGCCAGCAAAAUAACAAGCACCCAAGCUCCCAUCAGGCAUCCCGGACCAGCCACCCCCUCAGGCCGCUCAACCUCAACUGCAGGUCAUGAGACUCUGUAUGAAAUGCAGUAACAUAAACAAGGGGUUUGCCAGCCUCUUCUAGACUUUCAAAAUCUGAUCAAAUCCCCACCAGCCCCAAAUAUUUACACAGUGUCACUAUGGUGAUGAAGAAAAAUACAUCCCGAACUGCAGGAAGUGGGCCAUGUUUUCCAGGCAGGGAUGGGGAGGCAGGAGAAGAAUGGAGGCCACACAAACGUGGUAUUUUCUAACUCUGGAGCAAAUGGCCUGGGAAAGUCAGUGCUGGAACUGCAGAGGGUGAUGCUCACAGGGCAUUCCCCUGGGGUGAGCGUGGGGAGCAGCUUGGGUGGCCCAAAGAGCCCAAGGGAACCCCAAGCAGCAGGAGGGAUCCAUCAAGAGGGUGCAGGUUCCCCCAGCAGUGCCCACUGCCCAGAGCUGGUGGGCAGCAAGGGGGAGGCAGGAGCAGAGCUGGGCACAGGCUGGGGACUUGGCCAACCUUUCUGCUGCAGGGUGCUCCCACCACCUCCUCCCAUGUGUGCUCCCUGUACUCUCCUAAUGCCUCCACAGACUGGUGUCAGUACAAGCAGGUUCAGCAUGUUCAAGCUCCCUAUUUACAGCAUGACUCAGAAAUGCAAAUCCAGACAGGCUUCCCUGCAUAAAGACCUAGAUCAUUCAUUUUCACUUAAGCCUCUGGCUGCUAUUUCCAGAUACUGUUGCACAUUUCGCAGUUUAAAUGCCAACACCAGCGCCAUAGAGGGUGGGAUGCUGCUGGAGGCUGGCUUGCUGUAUGCCAUCAAAACCUGAGAUGAGACCAGUUGCAACAGCGAUGUGUGGGGCACGGAGAAGGUGUCUAGGUAUGUUCUGCUGAAAAGAAGGGUGGAGGCUGGAUUCAGGAGAGAUGAAACAGCUCUAUUGGAAAUCCCUCCCCAGCUUGCUUUCUGCUGCAGUGCUGGAAGCCUUUUUUAGGGGGUGAUUGAACAAGUGCCAGUGAUCUGCUAGGUGGCCAUAAAAUGUGGCCCCUGAAGCAUUUUGGAGCUCUCGGGAAGUUGUGUUUGUGUAGAAGGGUCAUUUGGCUAAUUACUCAAGCAGGCUCAUCCCAGAAAGGCAACAAUACCUGUACCUUUGCCACAGCAGAGCAUUCCACAGGCCCAGUGGUAUUUACUGUUGGGCUAAUCCUAACCAUCAUAUAUCUUCAUAUAUUUUAUCACACUGGUCUUGUGAUACUUGGCAUAUGUAUGAGCACUAUACACACAACAUUGUGCAUCUGUAUCCAUAUACUCAUAUAUAAAUAUACACACAUACAUAUAUGCAAUACUCCUAACGUGGGCAUCUGGAUCCCUAGUGAGUCAGAGAGCCAAAAAGUAGUUUCUGGUUAUUAUGCUUGUGAUCUGUCAGAGAGAUGAGCAUGGGCAGGUUGAGCACAGCCUCAGACCUUGUGCAGGGAAACCCUGGCCAUCUGCCUGAGUGAACGCGAAGGUGCAUCUUCCAAAACAUCCUCCAGAAUCACCCUGUGCUGUGGCUGCUGGUGCACCCUGGCACUGGAGCUGACACAGGAGGCAGGUCUUGUGCUCUCUGAAGGACCCCAACCCUGCUGUGGGGCAAGGUAACCCCAUGCUGCAGCCAGGUCUUCAGACACCAGGUACUGCCUCAGUGCCUCCCUGGAUCCCGCUUCCCACCAUGGGGACAUGUGGAGAAGGGCUCCCUGCAGCUGCAUCACUUGGAAUAAUGCAAGGGGAUCAUUUGCUGUGUGUUUUCUGGUUGUUCCAGUGACCCAGACCUCACGCCCCCCCAGCCAUGGUGUGAUGCACCCAGCUCUCCCCCAACACAGUGACUGAGGACUGUGCUGGUGUUGCCUGGUCCCAACCUUGGGGACUGCCCAGGGGUGGCUGAGGGUGUCCCAGGGCUCGUCCAGGCUCCCCCCAUUCCUUGGUCACUUCUUGGAGGGUGCUGAGUGCUGUGGCCAAGGGCUGAAAUGAGAUCAGGAGGGGCAAUUGGCUCCUGACACAAGAAGCAGGUUUUCAGGCUGAUGUUCUCUGUGUGCUUUCCACUACAGAUCUUCAUAUGGGGAAGACAUGGGCACAGGUGUGCACUGAGGAACUGAUUGUGUUAACACAUGUUCUUGUACUACUCGGUAAUCCACACAUAAACAUGUUAUUUCUGCUACUA